AACAAUGUGAAAAUAUGUUCUUACUGAUAACAAAGUUAUAAUGUUAAGUCAUUUGUGUGAUAUUCUUAUCAAUAAAAAAUUUAUAAACGGUCACAAAGUGGGCUUCAUAGCACGACUGAGAAGUACGAAAAUUUAAAAUUGCCAUGGGCAAUAGAGCAGUUGUAUCUCGUGAACGAAGCAAGUUAUAGCCUUUGUCGUGACGGAAUAGAGGCGAAAAUACUAGCAAAAUAUAAAAAUUUGUUACUAAUUAUAAUAAUAGUUCAAUUUGGUUUAUUCAAUUAUUUGCUUUCUACACGCUCUUUGAACACGUAAAUUGCUAUACAAUAUUGGAAAUUGGUGCAAAAUCUAAGAACUGCAUUAUUUUUGCAUAUAUUCUAAUUAUAAUAAUGUUACUGCCGACGAAUGGUAUUUAAAUUGUGUUUACACUAUAGCGUAGGUGUGCUUCGGUAUCUGCCAUAACCACUAAUUGAAGUUAUACGGUAUUGUAACGAGUACAGAUCAGCUGAAGAGUCCAAAGUGCGCUGCAAAUUUUAUUAACAUAAUUUGAAAUCAACAACAUCUUGCGGAUUAUAAUUGGUGCACGCGGGAAGACGUUAAAAUGCUUAAGUGUCGGGGCCUAAUUUUGCGCAUCAACAAAGAUUACUAUGCAAUUCGAAAAUGCUGUGAUCAAAAACGAGAACACUCAAAGUUUGUACCAACAAAUUUUAAGCUGCAACGUGCGCUUUUCGUUACUAAAUUAUCACGUUAUGAAUUUGAACAGCUUCGACACCCGCGCUUGAAUAAAAACCAACUGGAACAAGUAAUAAGGAAUCGUGGAACUGACUUUGAGUUUCUAAUAUACUUGCAUAAUCUUCAUAAAGAUUUUGAAAGAAAAGUUGUGAAAAGUUUUCAAGACAGUGGUUGUGAAGUGAAGUUGGCCAACAGACACGAAUUUAGAAGCUCGCUUAGCAAAGAGAUUAUGGAAUGGGCGAAUGUGAUUGUGCCCAUUGGUGGUGACGGUACUUUUUUGCUGACUGCAGGUCGUGCUAGUCCAUUGUUUGCCCAGAGUCAACAAAAGACCCCUAUUGUUGGUUUCAAUUCUGAUCCAAAACGUUCCGAAGGUAGAUUGAUGUUACCAGAAUAUUAUUCAGAAAAUCCGGCAGAUGCUGUUGCGAGAAUAAAAGGUGGGAGUUUUGAAUGGUUGCAUCGUACUCGUUUACGCACAACACUACUGGGGAACAAUCAAACAACUCCAGAAUGUGUUGACUUAUAUCGUCAUACAGUAACCAAAAUGGAGCAAGUUAAAACAGAACCGGAGAUUUUAAGUCUAGAGUUGGCGAAAAAAUACAAAUCAAAAACGAAAAGGGUCCUACCAUAUUUGGCCUUAAAUGAGGUUUUCAUUGGUGAACAAUUGUCUGCACGAGUUUCGCACUUACAAAUGGUUAUAGAUGACCAGGAUGUUGCUAGCAAAACGAAAUGUUCUGGUCUAUGUGUCAGUACAGGUACUGGCUCAACUUCAUGGCAUACCAGCAUUAACCGUAUAACCACGAAGCAUGUUGAGGACUUAAUAAAGGUUUUGCCACCUGAAAUUAUAAACGGUGGACUUCAGAAUGUAGAUGUAAAAACUAUGGUGCAAAACUACAAUCAAAAUUUAAUAUUUCCACCAGAUGAUCUACGUUUAUGUUACUCAAUACGUGAACAAAUUUGCGUAGGCGUUUGGCCGUAUCCUAAAGAUUUCGAAGCGAGAAAAUUUGUGAAGAGCUUAUUUAUUAAAUCGCGUUGCAUCGAUGCAAAUCUUGUCAUUGAUGGCAGUAUAUCUUAUCCUUUCAAUGAUGGCGCCAAAGCUUUGUUAGAGGUCUAUCCGGAAGAUGCUUUAUUAACAAUAACCUUAGAUUAAGUUAAAUUAUUUGAAUGUGAUGUGACUUUCAUGUAUUUAAAAUAUCUUUUAAGUGCCUUAUUUUAU